UAGGUAUUGGGGUAGAGGUAGUAAUAAGCCAAGUGUCUCUUCUUUCUCGAAGGGUGUCUCGUGCGUGUGCUUGCUACCUGAUCUUCUCCCAUCACCUGAAGCCGUAACCGUGAUAGUUACCUCCUAAGCUCGCUCGACGGGAUUCGAUUGAAGAGAUGUGGUGCUCUAUAGCUGCUCUUUCGGUCUUGGCGGCAGCGACCUCUGUUGUUUCCCAAGCUCCAAGUCCAGGGGAAGACGGAAAAUACACCAUAUCCUCGUCGGGGAUAACAGCAAAGUUCAUCCCUUACGGAGCUACACUCACCAACCUAUUCGUCAAGGAUAAGAAUGGAGAGGAUGUUGACGUGGUACUCGGAUACGAUGACAUAGACUAUUAUCCGGAGGACCCAGGGCAUCCCGUGUACAACAGCAUCCCCGGCCGUUAUGUCAAUCGCAUCGGGAAAGGCAAGUAUACGAUCGACAACACGACCUAUACGACACAGAUCAACGACGGGACCAACACUUUACACAGCGGUACGAACAAUUGGUCGUAUCGCGUAUGGAAUGUGAGUGCCGCAACUGAGGACUCUAUCACUUUCACCGUACGAGAUGCGUCCAACUCGUCCCAAGGCAUGCUGGGCCUCGUGAAGGGGCAGGUGACGUAUAGCGUCAGUAAAAGCACGUGGAAGAUCUUGAUGGAAGCGACGUCGCCCGAGGCCAAGACCCCACUCAUGCUGACCCACCAUACAUACUUCAACCUGGAUGCGUACAGAAACCCCGACACGUUGCAGAUCUGGAACCAUACGCUGUACUUACCCUACUCGAAGAGGUAUUUAGUUGCUGAUGAUGGAGCGCUGCCCACGGGGAAAAUCGCCACGGCGGAACCUGAUAGCAUCAACGAUUUUACGAGCCGUCCCGGCCUAUUCUUAGGCCAUGCGCGAGGCGACCCCACGUUCGCAGGUAAUUGCGGCGGCGGCGGUGCCUGCGAGGGUUAUAACGGCUACUUCCUGAUUGAAGAUGCACCUGAGGAUGCCGCUGUUGUCCAAUUGGCCAGUGAGUUUUCUGGUAUCACCGCCGACUUACGUACAGACCAGUCCGGAGUAGUGGUCUACUCGUGCAAUUGGAUGGACGGGACCGCCGACCUAAAGAGCACGCAGGGCACGGAGGAGAACCGCAAGGUGGUUAGGAGCUCCUGUGUUGCUAUCGAGGCACAAGAUUAUGUGGAUGGCAUUAAUCACCCUGAAUGGGGACGUGUCGAGAAGCAGAUUACCGGGCCAGGCCAAAAAUAUUCGUGGGAGAGCUCUUGGACGUUCGGAAAUCUUUGAAGGAAAAGGGAAGAGAAAUGACAUGAUUCUCGGCCUUGAUUACCAAAAAGCAGGGUAAGGAUUGGUUCGCGCGACGAGCCUUGUGGUGGCAACCGUCAAAAAGAAGCCGGCCGCGUCCUGAGUUGUAUGUACAUAGCGGUAGGGUUUAAAGGAAAUGGUAGCCUUGUGAAUCGCGUCGUGUGUCUCGACAAUGCAUGUUUCUUGGCAUACCUCGAAGUUCUAGUGACGCAAUAUCUC